UCAGAACUUGAUCUUUGUGCCCAUGUUGUUGUUAAAUACGAACCAACGGAAGAUCCUAAACACCCUACGUUCUGAAUUAAAUAAAAUAGCAAAUUCUUAUCGUUUUGGAGAGCCAAUUCCUUUAAUUGAAUAUACUGAAGAAGAAAAUAAUACGUGGAAAAUAGCUUAUAAACAAUUGUGUGAAUUAAGAGAAACACAUACUUGUAUUGAAUAUCAGAGAAAUAUUGCUGAAAUGGAAAAAAUUGGAUUAAUGUAA